GCAUUUCAGAUCGGUUAUAAUUUUCGAGUUACUGGCUGGAAUUAGGACAUGAAUCGGACGCCGAAGAUGCUGAACAGCAAGGUGGCUGGCUAUAGCAGCCUGAUCACCUUCGCCAUCCUGCUAAUCGCCUGGCUGGCCGGAUUUUCCUCUCGCCUCUUCGCCGUCAUCCGUUUCGAGUCGAUUAUCCAUGAGUUCGAUCCGUGGUUCAACUACCGUGCCACCGCCUAUAUGGUGCAGAAUGGUUGGUACAACUUCCUCAACUGGUUCGACGAGCGGGCCUGGUAUCCGCUCGGCAGGAUUGUGGGCGGUACCGUCUAUCCAGGCCUGAUGAUUACGUCCGGAGGAAUCCAUUGGCUGCUGCACGUACUCAACAUACCGGUUCACAUUCGCGAUAUCUGCGUGUUCCUGGCGCCGAUCUUCAGCGGUCUGACCUCCAUUUCCACCUACCUGCUGACCAAGGAGCUGUGGUCCGCGGGCGCCGGCCUCUUCGCCGCCAGCUUCAUCGCCAUCGUGCCCGGCUACAUCAGUAGGUCGGUGGCUGGAUCGUACGAUAACGAGGGCAUUGCCAUAUUCGCCUUGCAGUUCACUUACUUCCUGUGGGUGCGCUCUGUGAAAACUGGAUCCGUGUUCUGGUCCGCCGCAGCCGCAUUGUCCUACUUCUACAUGGUGUCCGCCUGGGGAGGCUACGUGUUCAUUAUCAACCUGAUACCCCUGCACGUCUUCGUGCUGCUCAUUAUGGGCAGGUACUCGCCGCGUCUGCUGACCAGCUACAGCACCUUCUACAUCCUGGGACUGCUGUUCUCCAUGCAGAUCCCCUUCGUGGGAUUCCAGCCGAUACGCACCAGUGAACACAUGGCUGCUCUGGGAGUGUUUGUGCUCCUGAUGGCCGUUGCCACCUUGCGCCAUCUGCAGUCCGUGCUGUCGCGCAACGAGUUCCGGAAGCUGUUCAUCGUCGGCGGAUUGCUGGUGGGCGUUGGCGUCUUUGUGGCCGUCGUGGUGCUCACCAUGCUGGGCGUUGUGGCUCCGUGGAGUGGACGCUUCUACUCGCUGUGGGAUACUGGCUACGCUAAGAUCCACAUUCCCAUCAUUGCAUCCGUGUCGGAGCAUCAGCCCACCACUUGGUUCUCGUUCUUCUUCGAUCUGCACAUCCUGGUGUCCGCCUUCCCAGUGGGAGUGUGGUACUGCAUCAAGCAGAUCAACGACGAGCGCGUUUUCGUGGUGCUGUACGCCAUCAGUGCGGUUUACUUCGCUGGUGUGAUGGUGCGUUUGAUGCUGACGCUUACGCCGGUGGUGUGCAUGCUGGCCGGAGUAGCCUUUUCGGGACUGUUGGAUGUGUUCCUGCAAGAGGAUUCGUCGAAGCGAAUGGGCACAGCCAUAAGCACAGCCACCGAAGUGGACGAAGCUGAGGAUUCCAUUGAGAAGAAGACUCUGUACGACAAGGCUGGCAAGUUGAAGCAUCGUACUAAGCAUGAUGCCCAGCAGGAUACUGGCGUCAGCUCCAACCUGAAGAGUAUUGUUAUUUUGGCCGUUCUAAUGCUGUUGAUGAUGUUCGCUGUCCACUGCACGUGGGUGACUAGCAAUGCCUACUCCAGUCCCUCCAUUGUCUUGGCUUUCCACAACAGUCAAGAUGGAUCCCGCAACAUUUUAGACGAUUUCAGGGAGGCUUACUAUUGGCUUUCGCAGAACACUGCCGAUGAUGCCCGCGUUAUGUCUUGGUGGGAUUACGGAUACCAGAUAGCGGGAAUGGCAAACAGAACGACGCUAGUGGAUAAUAAUACGUGGAACAAUAGUCACAUAGCGCUGGUUGGCAAGGCAAUGUCUUCAACCGAGGAGAAAUCCUACGAAAUUAUGACAUCUCUUGACGUGGACUACGUUCUGGUGAUCUUCGGCGGUGUGAUCGGCUAUUCCGGCGAUGACAUCAACAAGUUCCUGUGGAUGGUCCGAAUUGCCGAGGGCGAGCAUCCCAAGGACAUUAAGGAAAGCGAUUACUUUACCGACCGCGGUGAAUUCAGGGUAGAUGCCGAAGGUGCUCCGGCCCUGCUCAACUGCCUUAUGUACAAAUUAAGCUACUACAGAUUCGGGGAAUUGAAGUUGGACUACAGAGGCCCAUCUGGAUAUGAUCGCACACGUAACGCCGUCAUUGGGAAUAAGGACUUCGAUCUGACCUACCUGGAGGAGGCCUACACCACAGAACACUGGCUUGUUCGCAUCUAUAGGGUUAAGAAGCCGCACGAGUUCAACAGACCAUCACUGAAGACCAAGGAGAGAACUAUUCCUCCAGCCAACUUCAUCUCGAGAAAGAACUCGAAGCGUCGCAAGGGCUACAUACGAAACCGACCGGUUGUUGUUAAGGGAAAACGAACCUUGAAAUAAACCCAAAUAAAUAAUUGUAUUGAUCCUUCACCAAUAUAUAUAACUUGGUUAAAACACUUUACACAUAGCACAUGGUUUGGUGAAAGUGUGUCCACCGCAUCCUCAUGUUGAGGGCUUUAAUCGCCGCCUCAAAAUCAACUUUCACAUAUUUCCCGACUCGUGCGACACAAUUUUAUCGAGUUGCUGCUUUUAUGAAAUUUCCGGUUCCUUCGAUUUAAAUCUGUUCGCGGCUCCACCAUUCAUUGUCUUAAGCUAGCAAUUCAAUAAAGCAAAGUGUACAUUUUUAAACCUUAA